AUGGAAGAGUGUCCUCAGCAUAUCCGUUUCGUGGUUGGUGAAGCACGAAGUCUCUGGCCAGAAUUCAUCACUCCGGAUGUUUCCAAACUCGGUGAAUGUGAAUUCUCCCUUAUAUCGGAGAUGAACUCGCAACUCAUUGUGCACCACCCUUAUCGAACUCUGUCUGGGCUUCAAUCGGAGCUGUCACUUACUUCGGACGAGGUCGCUCUUGCCUGGUCUGUUAUCAACGAUCACUAUUUGACGGAUCUACCUUUACUAUAUUCCCCUCAUGUAAUUGCAGUUAUGGCAGUCAUGGUCGCCGUGGUCUUUAAGCCAGGCCCAGGGAACUUCCAUGGCUCUGCGGCACCGGUUCUGGCCGGUGCCAUGAGGGAUGGGGGUAUGAAUAUGCUUGCCGCAUUGGGGGACAAAUCCGGGAAUGAGCCUCCUCCCAAGGUGCAAAAACUGAUCAACUGGCUUGCAGAGAGUGAAGUUGACAUCAAAGCGGUCAUUGAAUGCACCCAGGAGUUGGUGUCUCUCUACGAGGUUUGGGAGCAAUACAGCGAGAAGAACUGCAAGGAACUUCUUGGACGAAUGGUUAAGACGAAACAUCUGGAUAAAUAA